AUGUUGGCUAUUGCCUGGUGUUCUGUUCUGCCGCCCUCGUCGCGCGCGACUUUGAAAUCUCUGCGAUGCCUCUGCAAAAUCCAUGAUGCGCCGCCAAGUAGUUCGCACACGCAGGGCCACGACUUCGAAGUAACCGUGGCCCUGCGUGAGCUAAGUUUCCGUGUAUUCGAUGUUAACGCGCGCGCAAGUAAUCCGCACAUGCAGGGCCAUGAUUUUGAAGCAAUCAUGGCCGUGCGUGAGCUAAGUCUGGACACAUAUGAUGCUAACACACGGGCAAAUUCGCACGUGCCAUGGCACGCUUUUACAAUGGGCUCUUACGCAUGUACGAAACGAAGCACCGGCAGUCAGUUCGCUUUAGCAAGGCCAUGA